GUGCUUCUUUCUGCCACUGAAACUACUGACAUGGAAUAUGUGCGCUUGCGUGCUCGCCGAAGCCUGUCAAGACAUGGACAGUCUCCUUCCCCGAUAUGGACAACCCUUGCGUAUAUAAGGUGCGCGCGUCGACGAGAUGGCCUCAUCAGCUCUCCUACGACUCCCAGACCUCACCUGCACAUUCGUUCUCUAUCUCUGACAUUCUUUGAACACAUAUCUAUUCAUGAUGAUUUCCUCCCGCUUCUCUCGUCUAUCCAUUCUAGCCAUCGCAGCGCUCUCGAUGGCGUCCGUCCACGCAACUCAGUCCAUGAAGAUUCCCGACAACAAAAACGCGACAAUGCGCCUGCAGGAGGUUGCAGACAGCCCGAUCCUCCACCAGGUCACCAGGCGCGGUCUCCUCGCUGAUGGCAAAGUCAGCAUUGGCUAUUACCCGAACUGGGCCAUCUACGAUGGUUCGGGUAACUUCAAGCCCACGGACAUCGCUGUCGACGGUCUGACCCACAUCCUCUACUCCUUCGCUGACAGCGACCCGUCGACUGGUCACGUCAAGCUCACGGACGCGUGGGCCGACGAACAAAUCACCUUCAACGGCGAGUCCGGUGGUGGCAACAACCUCUACGGCUGCCUCGGCGAGCUCUUCAAGAUCAAGCAGCAGCAUCGCUCGGUCAAGGUCCUCCUCUCCGUCGGUGGCUACACCUACUCGCAGGACGGUCACUUCAAGUUUAUCACCUCGGCGGACUCUCGCGCGAACUUCGUGAAGGACGCCGUGCAGCUUGUCGAGGACUAUGGUCUGGACGGCAUUGACAUCGACUUCGAGUACCCGGGAUCGACGGAGGAGGGUCAGGGUCUUGGAUCGCUUUUCAAGGAGUUGCGCACCGCGUUCGACAAUCUCGCGUCGCAGAAGGGAGACUCCACCCCGUAUGAGCUGACGGCGGCGGUUGCGGCUGGCGCCGACGGGUAUGGCCACCUCGACGUCAAGACUAUGGAUUCUGCUUUGAGCUACUGGAACCUCAUGGCUUACGACUACGCGGGCUCCUGGUCGGAUGUCACCGACAACCAGGCGAACCUGUACCCAGACGGUGUCAGCGAUAUUAGCACCGAGGGCGCGCUCAAGUGGUACAAGGACUCGGGCGCGACCGCUGCCAAGAUCUCCCUCGGUAUCCCCAUCUACGGCCGUGGUUUCGAGAACACCGACGGACUGGGCUCCUCCUUCAACGGCGUCGGCUCCGGCACCACCGAGUCGGGCAUAUACAGCUACAAGAACCUUCCCUUCGCCGGUGCCGAGGUCUUCGAGAACACGACGAGCGGGUCGUCCUACUCGUACGACAGCGCCAAGAGGGAAUGGAUUUCGUACGACACCCCCAACAUCGUGAAGCUCAAGGGCCAGUACGUCGCCGACAACGGUCUCGCCGGUACGAUGUGCUGGGACCUCUCGACCGACAAGACCGGCAACGACGCGCUCGUCGCCACCGCGGCCGGCGCUGUAGGCGGACUGGACACGACGCAAAACCACAUCAACUACCCCAACAGCAAGUGGGACAACGUGAAGAACGCCAACGCCCAGCGCCGCUCGCACAUGCGCCGUGCGCGGGCCAUUCAAGCGCUCUAAAGGCGACAAGGAGCGAUUCUUAAUUCAUGAUUACUGCUGAUACAGGACCUAUCUCUUCCAGCGACUGCACUCCUUCUCUCCAUUGUGCGGCAUAUUUAUUUUCAAUGAGGUCUACAGGAUUUGGAGGGCUGACUUUCUUUAUGACUAUCUAUCCUUAUACGUGUAUAUACAUUAUGGAGCUGCAGAUCGACUCAGAGUACUAUUCCUUUCCCAAAUUCACCUUUCUCCGUGCUC